AUGAAGAGAGAGUACAGAGUGGAGCACAGUCGCUGGGGAUGUGGACACCUACGUGAGGAAGUAGAGUUACUAAAUGGAUCUCUGGAGUUGAAUGAACAGCGAACAGUUUUAUUAGAGAGCCAAUUAGACGCGUUUGAGGCAGAAAGAAAACAGUUAAGGGGUGAUGUUAAUUUCCUGGAGGGAAGCUUAAGAAACAGUCAAGAAAGCAAUGAAGAUCUGACGUUUGAGGUUGAUGAGCUAAAGAUAAUGAUGCAGGAAUUGAAAAGGGAGAAUACGGAGCUCACUCGCCAUGGAUGCAGACAUCUACGCGAAGAAGUAGAAUUACUUAAUGGAUCCCUGGAAUUGAAAGAACAGAGAGUAACUCUGUUGGAGAGCCAAGUGGACGCGUUUAAAGAAGAAAGCUGUAGCCUUCAAAAUGCUGCACAGAACAUGAAAAGAGAAAUAGAGAUUCUUAAGAACGAAAAUGCCACGAAGACGACGCAGUUGCAUAAGCUAAAAUGCGAAACAUCACAGACUAUAAGUGAUCUUAAAGAUGACAUUGCAAAGUUACAACAAGAAAAGUCUGCAUUGUCAUCGGAACUAUCAAAGGAAUCAGAAAAAGAUCACCAUUUGUAUGAGUUAAGAUGUGAAAAAUCGAGUGUAACAAAAACACUUCAAGAUCAUAUCACAAGGUUGAGGAGAGAGAACUGCACUUUGACUGCAAGACUAUCAAAGGCUUACGAAAAGGAUGACCAGUUGACUGAACUAAGAGAAAAAGUCCAACUUUUACAGAAUCAGUUGAAAAAUGUAACUGAGGCGGCAACGGCGUCUGUGAACAGCAAAGAGAAAGAAAUGGAGGAAGAUUACCGCAUCAUAAAGAAGCAAGAUGAAACGAUCAAAAAUUUAAUCGAAGAGAUAACGCAGGAAAGAUGUGACAAGGACCGCCUCGAACAGCAAUCUAGAAGAAUAAGAGAACUUGAGACUCAAUUACAAAAAAUGGAAGACAUGAAAAGAAACAGAAAUCACUCAGUGGAUGCCUUGGUGCUUGAGGUGAAACAGGAGAGCUCAGAAAAAGAGCGUCUGAAAAAAAAGGCCAUGCAAGCACAAAAGGUUGCUUCUUGUAGAGAGAAAGAGCUUGAAAAGAGAAUUGAACUUCUUGAGGAUCAGUUACGUGCAGAAGAUGAGCUGACAAACGCCACUCUUAUGUCUCUAAAUAACAAGGAAAGUUUGUUACAGGAAGCUACUGCCACUAUCGAUAUGCUCACAAAAGAACUGGAACGGGAAAAGUCGGAAAAAAAAACUCUGAGAAAGGCUGUCGAAGUGUCUGAGUGUAACUCUCAUAACGACAAAAGAUUGACUGAGAACAUUGAAACACUUCUGGAGCGAUUACAAGAGAUGAGUGACCUACGAGAGAAGACUCUUAUAUCUCUUAAAGAGAAAGAAUGGUCAUUGCAGGAGGCUCAUGAUGAGAUCAGUGAGUUAACUCAACAAAUAGCACACAAAAAGUCGCACAAAAAGUUUUUCAAGAGGAAGGCUAAGGCUAAAACGGGUGAAGCUUAUCGACUGAAUCUCAUUCAAAAACGAACAAAAAGAUAUACACAGGAGAGGGGUUCGUUAAUAACAGGCGUGGGAAAACGGCUGAAGAACCUGGUACAAAGACCAAGAGGAGUGUCCGAAUCGAGCCUGGUAAUGAAAAAGAAGGAAGCCCAUGCACAGCGUGUGUUACAGAAAUUGAGGGAAGAUUUGAAUGAAAGAGGAGAAGUCAUUCAAGACUUAAGGAGUAAUUUCAAAGACAGUGCUAGAGAAUUGUCGUCCAUGCGACGUCAGCUGGAAGAUAUUCAAUGCCAAAAUGCCGAGCUCAUAGAAUGUCUUGGACACAAGGAGGAGGAUCUUCAAAAGACGCAAAGAUACUUAAAAGAAAAGGAAGCCAGCCUUGAUGUCACAAAUGAAACCCUGCGUUUGAAAUGCUCGCUUCUCAGAGCCAUGGAGGCCAAAUUAUGUCUGUCGAAGAAAGAGAUUGAAGAACUGACAAAAGUGAACAAAGAGAAAGGCUUAGAGAUAACUCGCAUUGAGACAACCCUUACAGAAGUGAGAAAAAAGUUGGUUAUUGCUGCAUCCUUCAUCGAGGAGAAAAAUGAACAAUGUGCUAACCUUAGGACUUAUGCUAUGAGGAAGACCCGAGAUGCGGAUAAGAUGCAAGACGAAUUGAAGCGUUUCUCAACUCAACUUGAAAAUAGCAGGAACGAGAACGCAAACCUACACAGAGCAUUGUUAGCUGCUACAGAGCGUCUUACAAGGGAGAAGCAUAGGCAGUUCAGAAGGACUGAGUUACUGAAAGAUGGGCACGAAAGGAAGUCCUCUGAGUCAUCAUGUGAGGUGAGAUAUUUCCCUCCCUAAGCGCGAGACGCAGGAGCGAUGACAGCGAUCUUGAAGCAGGAGACGAUGUACACGAAGUCUACACCCUAAAAUCCCAUUGUCAGCUUUCACUUUCUGCUCUUUUUGGAAUUAGUUUAUGUGCUGUAAUUUUGACAUGCAUAUUUUCAAGCGAGUAAUUCAUUUAUUUCGUAUCUUCUACAGGAAAGCACUUCUAACACCCUGAAAGCCAGGAGACAAAUGGAUGCGUACAAAAUAACAUUUUUGGAAGACGAGUGUAAUGUGUCAGGCAGUAAUCAGGGAGACACUAAAAAUAAAUGGUCAGUAAUAUAUAUUUUUUGUUACUAGGAUAUGUAACAAUCAUACCAUUUGUGCAUUUUGGAUAUGAGAUGGUAGCUAGCCAACGAAAUGCGUAGCGUCGAGUGGAGUAUCACCAGUCUCGUAUCGAAUAAGCGUCUGAUGAGAUAAUUGUUAAUUAUUCAAUUACAUUAAAUCUCGAACGUUUGGAUAUUUGGAGCUUUUUUCAGCUCCGUGCAAUGUAUUUCCAUGUAAAGUGACUAGGAAUAUGAGCUGAUAACCGGAGUUGAAUAAACCAAUCAGAAGAUUAGAAAUGCAACAUUCGGGGUUGAAAAUUUAAUGACAUGAUAUAGCUUUAAGUAAAGCUGCAACCCUCGUCACAACUGUUGCAGAAUGAAUCUUUUUGGCCGCAUUUGAAAGGCUAAGUAUUUGAAAGGGGUUAGUGAUAAAUCAAAACUAGACGAAGAUUUUUGCCAGCUAAUGGAAACCCUUUUAGCCUAAUAUUUUUAAACAAGGUUAUUCCUGGAAUUAAAAAAAUUUCAAAAAGAGCCAAGAUCCAUUCAUUGGGACUUACGCAAUAUUUAAAGGUCACAUUUUCACCAGUCAUAGCGUAUCGUCUUCAAUGAUAUCUUUAUAUUUUCUUCAAACUUCUCCCUGUCAUCUUUCAACGGGUAAUUUAGAAAUAAAAGUGUCUCUCACUUUUAAUUGCAGGUUCAAUACUUUUAGAUUGGACGAACAUCACUUUGAGACACGGAGAGAUCGACAUUUUAACUGCGCUGGUACUAUCGCUAAGGUUGACCAUACUAUGCAGAACUUCUCAACACACGGAUCACCUCAUUCAGUUUCGAUGCUUCUGUGCAAUGGUUAAUGUUUUGCGGGAGAAAUACCAAUGCAACGAAUUGACAAACCGAAGCCAAGUGUGAUGACAUAAGAUUAAUUUUUAUCAUUGAAAAUAUUGGAUGCAAUCGAGAUAAUCUUUUUUUUUCUUUUGGAGAGAGCGAACGGUAUACUUAUUAACUUCAAAUAAGCAUUCAUGCCUUGACAUUAAGUGUAAUUAUAUUAAAAUACUCUAAAAGGAUGUUCAUUUUUGUUCUGUGUUAGGGAAGGGGACAGUACAUAAUAAGAAAAGGAGCAACCUUCUUAUUGUAACUCACAGACCAUUAUACACAAGCAGGGGAUUGGAAGGCAAAGUUUCCCCACCUUAAUCACUCUGUUUACGAACAUGACAUGAUUGUAACAGUGUGCACUUGCAAAACACGAACCUAGCAUGUGCUUGGCUUAUCCUGAAGUCUGUGCUGUAGCUCAGUUUUGUAGCAUUGGAGCGGAAUUUAAAAACGUCCGGUUCUAUGGAGGGUGGGGGCUCAGAUUCUUCUUUGUCCCAUGAUCUUACAAAACGAACAGCACUGCUCGAGUUCAUAAUGUUGAAGCUAAAUCGAGAAGUCCUGGGUCAAGUUCCUUCCAUCUGCCAUCUUGUCAAUUUCGGGGCUAUGACAAACAGUGACGCAUUUGUUCAUUGGCGCUGAUAAUGAUAGAAAACUUAACCAUGAUACUUUGAUUUCAUUAGAAGUUUUACCAAGUAAUAAAUUGGUUGACCCUUGUUGAAGUUGAGUGUGACCUAGGCACUGCUAAUUAAUAUUUACCGAUAAACAUCCGGUUUCUUGUAUUUUUAUGUCAUAAGGUUUUCCAUGGGUGUCACAGGAAAAAAAGUUUCUUUUUGUUCGUGGGAACGGAUGACAAAGUUGAUAAUGUUGCAUUUACCAAAAUGGAAAGAGCUGUAAUAUUUGAAACGAAUCGCGUUGAAACGAUCAUCUUCCAUUAUCUUGGAAAUUUAAAGAUGAACCUUUACGAGUGUAGUUCUUCAUUUCUUUGUAAGGGAUAGAUUUCCUUGUAAACCCAUAAUAUACUAAAACAAGGCCUCUGCCAUGUUAGUCUUCGCCUCAUGUGGUGGAGGGAGGGGUGGGAGGAGGAUUUGGUGGGAUCGCACAGUUUUCAAGGGGGAAAGGAAGGGAGAUCAGUAGUCGCCAACAGAUCGUCCAACACCCCCAGCCGAAAAGAAAAACAGAACAAAACAAAAAAGUUCUAAUAGUCAAAGGAAAAAACAAAACCCUUAUAAUCAGUUUUAAAGUUACGGAUAGCUACUUUCAAAGUAUAAGAAGUGCAUUCGUCAGUUUUUUUUUUCUGAAAAUUGGCCAGCACCCACCCUGGAUGGAAAGGACGCUGUGAGAUUAACGUAUGUUGCCAAAGAACAGAACUCAAUGGACUGGUUACAGCUGAACCUAGACCUUUCUUCCUGAACGACAGACUGUUUACUAGCGGUAUGAAAUGUCCACUCUCAUCGGGUGAUUAUUGAGCUAAACUAUUUGCUAGGCCAACAACGGAUUUGCAAUCGCGUGCGCAGGGGCAGAUCCUGGAUAGUGAGAUGAAAUCUUAACAUCACUCCAUACCAGGACAACAUUAGCAAAUAGUCAAAAAAGAAAGUCAUUUCAAAAAAAUACGGAAAAACCUUUAAUGAAAAAAAGGAGGGAAGACGAAAGUUAUUUCUCGGGAAAGGUGGCUGUAGAGAAAAUUGCUUAGUCAUAUGGCUCGAAGCUUUUACUGCGUCAGUGUUAAAGAAGAGUUUAUGAGUAUUGCUUUUUGAUACGUAAUUUACGUAAUUUUGUCUCAAAAGGGCAGGCUCGAUGAAUGGAUUUUUUUUUCUUAAACAAAGCGAAGAGUUGAGAGGGCCAUCGUGUCACACUCCUACCUAUAAUUCACUCUCACCUUAACCUCCAACCCCUCCCCCCCCUUUACUGAAACAGAAAUGGACAGGCAACGGAUGGUGGCGUUAUAAUGACGAAUUUCUAAAACAUAUUUUUCAUCUAACAAGACAUUAACCUUGGUGAUGGUACUGAAUUUGAGAACUUCAACAAUUCAUUCAGCACUUAUUCUUCAUAAUUAAAGAGCUCACGAAACAGAAUAAUUCACUAGGUAUAGGUUGAAACAUAUAUGGUUUUCAAACAUGUACUAUAGCCUUCAUCAACAUUAAGGAAUCAAGAUAGAUCUUUAUGGGGACAUGUAAAAUUUUAACAGCAUAUAGUGGUUUUCAUUCAUUUCCUAUGGUAGUGACCAGGAGAACUUAUUAAAUAGCCAAGUAGAAGAUCAUUUCCUUGAUUUUCAAGAACUUUAUGUUUGAUUACCGGGUGAUAAUGUCAGGAAAGAAUAAAAUUUCAGUCACUCCUAAGAGGUUAGCAAGUUAACCAUCAUUUUAUUAAAACAUUGAAGGAGGUCAAUUUUUCCCAAAUUCACUACCCCAUUUGAAGUCUGCAAACAAAGAAUUAUUAGUGAAGAACUGCAUUAUUAUAAUUACCAGUGCUUCUAUGAUCUUUGUGUAAAUUCCACUAAAUAUCAAAGAUCUUCAGCAUGGAAGGAAGUUAUCUUGAUUCAGUAGAUGAAGUUAAUUGAAACCUGAUAUUUCUUCUGACAAAAGGCUAACACUUGAAACGUCAGCUUUAGGAACUCUUAACAACAGCUAUUUUACAUGAACUCAGUUGAUAGAACAAAAUCAUUUUUUGUAAUACCCCCAGUGAUGCAGCACCACAGUUUUUUUCGAAAUUCACCCCUUUUAUUCAUUUAUUUAGAAAGGUUAAUUUGUUCUCCUAGUCCAGUUAAUGAUCCCAUAUUUUCUGAACAUGGUUCCUAUUGAAUCAACCUCAAAAUCAAAUAAAUUCAUUCCUGUCUUAGACUGAAGUAACUGCAAUACUUUUGCAUAAAACAAUUGAAGACCCUUCACUGUUUUGGUAACUGAUCUCUUACUCAUCAAUAUUUCAGUACAGAAAAUAUCCUACAUUUGACUCAAAGAAAAGAGCUAAUAUCCCUUGAGAACUGAAUUCCCAGUUUUCUAGGAAUUCCUAAGAAUUCUCAAAAUUCCCAACUAUGCAAAUAGGCUCUGAUUUGAAAAGCUUGGAAUUACUAGGAGCUUUUGGGAAAGGAAGACUCCAGUUUAAUGAGGACUUGGAAUUCUUUGGAAUUCCUAGGAAUUCUCAGCUUUACAAACUACCCACAAUUUAAGAAAGGUGGAAUUCUUGGGAAAUUCUGGGAAUUUAAAAUUUGAGACAGUUUAAAUGCCCUAAGUUCACAUAGAUUCCAAGAAAUUCUCAAUACCUUGAAUGUGAAGGUUUUAAGAAAAGGACUAAUUUUAGAGGCUUAAAACUUUGGCUCAGUAAAAGGUAUGCUAUACAAAAUUUACCAAGAGAUAUAGAUACAUGUAUAUGUUUAUAACUUAAAGAUCACAAAAUUUAUUAUUCAAACUAAGUUUUAGUAAAGCUUUACAUUAAUAUGGAUUUUCUCACAAAGCAGCAGUAAAUUAUGUUAAAUGCAAGUUGCCAAUGUACAGAACCUUGGAACAGUCAAGCUCAUGCAGUUGCCUCAAACACUGUCAGAGACCUUUUGUUCAGAUUAUUUUUAGUAGAAACUUCAUGCCUUGGACAAACAAAUUCAACACCUAUUUAAUCUUUCUUUUUUCAUGAUUAUUGUUGCUGUUUUUUCUUUUUUUUUUUGUUCUUUUUAUUCUUACAAAACAUUUUUUGUAAGAGUUCCAAUAUUCAAGGAUUAUUCGCACACUCCACAAACAUUUGGCAUGCAGAGAAGACAGGAGUGGUCACUGUUCCCUUCAAGAAAUAACACCUUUUCUUUGAUUUUUUCGAUUCGUUUUACUUGAAGCUCAGGUCUGAAAAUAUUUUAAAGACAUGUUACUAGUGAGAAGUACAAACCAAGUUUCUUUUCAUAACUUAGUUUCUUAAAUGUCCAGGUCACUGGACCUCCUCAAAAAUAUUACUUCUUUUCAUUUUUGGUGCAAAAUACAAGUCCUUCGUCAUAUACAAAUGAAACUUGCAAGUCACACUUCAAUAAUCACAGCUCUAAGGUUACCUAUUGUUCUUCUCUGAGUCAGCUAUCAACAAAAUUGUUUUAUAUUUUUUAGGUAUGGUAUAAAAUUCAGUUUGUAAUUUAAAAUGAGAACCUUAGUUUAAAAAAGUCAGUUCUGAUGGUGAAUUCAACUGCUUUCAUUACAAUUUCUAAUGCUAAAAUUUAUUUGUACCAUUCUUAUUUCAUUUAAUAUGUGAUGACCAGCCUCACUAAAGAAGAACGGAUUCUGGAGAUCUGGCUGUACUUCACUAAAGACUGCCAAUGUGAUCCCAGACUGCCUAUCCCACACAAAACACUCAACCUCUCCAACCUUGCCACAGGCAAACAAGACAACAUAGCCAUUCUGCUCUACCAUUCUGGUGUACUCCUUCAAGAAAAACACUUAUCCAUUCUUGAGAAUUCGUUGCACUUAAACUUUGUUGCCUCCAAUAACUUCUAUAUCAGUCUUCUCCAUUAACUCUUGUGGUAGCCCUACAGUUUCUUAGCCCCUCCAGCAAUGAAGCAAUUCUCUGCCUUCUUUAGAUUUUUAAUUAACUCUAAAACAUGAAUGGAAAAAAGUAGAUUAAUAUCUUUAAUAACAGUGUGUUUUUCAAGCAAAAAAGAAGUUGUCAGUAGUGUAAAGAAGCUACUGAUGAUGAUGAUGAUGAUGAUAACAAUUGCUAUCAAUAUUACUAAAACUAUCAUAAAAGAUCAGACAAGUACACUUAAGAGCAAAAUAUCACUUACUCUCUUUUGGUGUUCAGCAUUCUUUUGAUAAAGUCCUUAACACAACCAUUUUCUAACAUAUCUACCUCGCAUCUUAAGCGACUCUGAGCAUGAACCAUCCAUACAACCUGGUAACAAAUUCAAAAUUGUACAUUAAUAAUUAAUUUCUCCAAAUGGAAUGGGAGAAGUAAGUUAUAAGUUUACUUGAUUUAAAUUUAUGACAGUGGGACCUUAAUAACAAAGUUAGCAAGGGCUCAUGAAAAUUUAGCUGUAUUAACAGGUUAGGAGCAAUAUCUUGACUGGUCCUAAUAGAUACUUUUACAUUUCUAAACAACUGUAAAUUAUUUAACAAAUACCUGGAAUGCAAUAAGUUUAACAUAUGCAUACAAUAGUAACCAAGGGUACUUCAUUGAACAUAACUGAUUUCUACAAUUAAAACAACAACAGACUUGGCCAUAUAUACAUCAUGUUACUUUAAGUUAUCAUGUUGCUUUAAGUUAAAUAUUGUUUUCAAUAUUGUUAAAUAUUGUUUUUCAAGUACUGUAUUUGUUUUGUUUGGAAAACAAAAUUGACCAUAAUAACAAGGUUACCAAAUUAAUGAGGUGACCAUGCAGUGGGGUGGUGUAAAGGUGUUAGGUGUAAAUUAACUGUCUGUUAAAAGUACCUGUCUACAGACAUUUCCUGUGCCAUGUGUCAAGUCCAUGAUGGUUCCAUUCAUGUCCUCAAACCAAAGGUGGACCAUGCCCACAGUGGACCCCAUCCUUCAACAUAGUCAGCUAGAUGGGCACCAGGAUUGUGAACAGUGAGACCACAAUUGCCAUUUCCUUUAAAUGUGAGGGAAACACACUGUUUAGGGCUAUGCCCUUUUUUUGACCAGUCAAUGGGUGAAUUUACCCCAAGAAGAUACUUUAUAAUAGCUUAGCUUUUUCUAUUAACACAUAUGAACAGAGGCAUAACUGUCAACCCAUUAGGAAAAACAUCAUCUUAAAAAUUCUUCUGAGCCACAAACCAAUUUCUCUUUGUUGGGUAGCAAAAGUAAUUGAGUUUUUGUUAUUUCUUUUAAAAACAUUUUACAUGUAAACCUUAAUUAAGCUUGUACAUAAGUUUCAUUGAAUCCUAGAAUUUUAACAGGGAUUUUUGAAUUUUUAGUAUUUAUUUUAUAUUAAUAGCCUCAAGAAUUUGACUUUAAACUCCCAGUAAUUCCAAAACAUUCCUAGAAAUUCCUUUUUUUUUUUACAUUUACAGCUUUUCAGGGAAAGUCAUUGGUGCUUUGAGUUGGAAUUCCUAGGAAUUCCUAGGAACUUUAAGUCCUGUUGGCUAUAAACUUAGAAUUUCUGGGAAUUUCUCGGUUUUUAGAACCAGAGUUGUUAUAGUUGGGACUUCCACAUGGCAUAUCGGCCAAGAUAUCGAGCCCAUCUUUUUUGUGGGAUAACAAUCAGUCUUCGAUUUCUUGUAAUUUCUUCCUCUCUUCUAACAAUUCUCUCUUUCUAAUUUUAAAACCCUUCAACUUUUUUAUAAUCUCUUUCUCCUUCAUUUCAAGCCUUGAAAUGAAACAAAUGAAACGUGAAAGCUUAGUUCAAUGGCGCUCUGAAAAUUCUUUCGACCAGUUUUUAAACAAGUCAAGGAACCAAGAUUUCAAACCAUUUAAGGGGAUCUUCAACACAACCAUUAAUAUUUGCAUCUUCUACAAGCAAGUUUUCCUCUUUAGAGAUAUAUAACUUAUAUAUCUCUAAAGAGAA